AUGGCAAUUCACUCAUAUCCCCCACAUGUCGCCGUGGCCAACCGGCCCCUCUCUCUCGAAGAGGCUCAAAAAUCCAUCGCGAACUAUCUUGCUACCUCCGAGACCUCCGCGCACUUGCAUCCCGACGCGCUUCUCAGCACUUCUGGCGUCCAAUUCGCGACCGCAGGUGGCCCAAUGGGUGGUAUUGUCCUGCACAACUUGAGGAGGGUUGAAGCGGGGUUGAGAGGAGAGGUGAUCAAGCCUGAGCCUGAGGCGUCUGACGACAUGGUUUUGGACGGCAUGAUCGAAGAGACGGAACAGACCAUGCAAGCAGAGGGUGGUGCGUCCAAGAAAAGCAAGAAGGGGGCCAGUGGAGCAGAGGAAGGCUGGCAAGACAUGGGAGACUACCAGCGGGAGCAAUUGGAAGAAGGAAAUGAGGUCGGGGAACUCGGCCAACGCUCGAAUUUUGUCGAGCAGGGUGAAGAGCCAAAGAUAGCCGAAGGAGGCAAGAGCAAGGUUGACAAGGAGGCUCGUAAAAAGGCCAAGAAAGAACGCGAGCGCCAACAAAAGCUGGAGAAGGAAGCAAAGAAGAAGCAGGGCGCAGAAGCAUAG